GAGAUAGCUCCACCCCUUUAAGAACAGGGCUAAACUCUUAUCUAUAUAUACUUAGUUUAGCAGUUUGCAAAGCAGUAAGUCAAUCUCCAAUUUGCUCCCAGCAGUAGCUGGAAUACUACAGAGAGACUGUAGUAAACUCACCAAAGGAGUUGGCAAAAAGGGUUUCGUCUGUGAUCAAGAUGGGCAAUGAGCAUUCCAAAAACAAAGGACAUACCAAAGACGAGUCCGAGCAGGCUCUGGACAAGCACCUGGAAGGAGAAGUGAAUAGCCAUGCUGUAAGCAUCUUGUACGAUGGCCUGGAGAAUAGUGAUACCAGUGAAGCAGCUGUGGAGCAGAACAGUCAGCCUUCCUCACGGCCUCCCGCUAAAGAGCCAGGUAUAGUGGAGGCUAACGGCAGUGGUUGUGCGCCUGUGGUGGUGGAACAGGAGCCUGUCAUUGAGAAUGUUCCAGAAGCGGAAGCAGAGACUGCUAAGACGAAAACCAUACCAGAACCGGAACCAAAACACCAAAAGAAGGAGCCCAAGGAGAGUUCAAAAGAAAGAGUGAACGUAUUUGACAACCUCUUCAAGAAGAAAGCUACACCUCAACUCAACCCUGAUCCAGCCCCUGAAAAGGAGGAGCCCAUAAAGGAGAAAACUGUGGAGGAGAGUAAGAGUUCCCCGGAAGUCUCUGUAACGGUGACCGAUGGGAUCCACGCUGAGGCAAGCGAAGUCUUGAUGGCUGCACAUUUGUUUCCAAAACAACUGGCAGUCAGAUUCUCAUUUCCGGAGGCAGAGUCUGAACUUUCAUCACUGCUGGAUUUUCUUACGGCAGACAGCAUUCAAAUCACCACUGAAAGCUCUGACGGGCAGCCAGUAACCACUGAAGAGCAGCCUACAGAGGAAAGUGUCAGCCCACCUGAAGAGGAAACCACAGAACCGGUCUUUGGUGAAGAACCCACAGAGGAUACAAUUGUGGAGAAGAGCCCCAUACCCAAAGAAGAGCUGGGAGAAAUUGCAGAUGCUCUUGAAAAUGAAGCUGCUAUAUACUCAGCAAUUGCUGCAGAACUAGAAGAGCUGGAAGAAAUUUCAGAUGUUCUUGAAAAUGAAGCUGCUAUAUACUCAGCAAUCGCUGAAGAACUAGAAGAGCUGGAAGAAAUUGAAGAUGUUCUUGAAGAUGUAACUGCUAUAGAGUCAGAAGAACUUGAAUCUAGCCCCAGUGCUAAAGAGACGACUGAGAAAAACAAGAAGAACGAUGAAGGGAAAGAAACAAGCGACUCAUCAUCGAGGUUGCUCGGCCAGCUGCAAUCCGCAUGUAUGAAAAUCAUUAAAGAAUCAGUAUAUAGCCCUGUCCGUGUCUGUACUGAGAUGUCUGCAGAGGGCUGCGGCACCAUUAACAUUACAAUUCAGGUCAGUCUGAGGCAGAGAGGGGAUUUGAAAUGCGAGGAUGAGACUUCCACUGAAACAGCAUUGGAUAUGGAGUAAUUUACAGCUGAGGAGCAGGAUCCUCUUCAAGGAAUCUAGAUUCCGUGAAUAAAUUAUUUGACACUGUGAAUAACUACAAAAGGAGACUGAUUGCAGUACUAGUAUUAUAAUUGUUUUACUAAUCUGACAUGGUUAUAUGAUUGUAUGGUUUAUUAUACUGAACAAAAAUAUAAACUCAACAUGUAAAGUGUUGGUCCCAUGUUUCAUGAGCUGAAAUAAAAGAUCCCAGAAAUGUUCCAAAUGCCCAAAAAGCUUAUUUCUCUCAGAUUUUGUGCACAAAUUUGUUUAGAGAAUUUGGCAGUACUCGCAACCGCAGACCACCUGUACGGCAUUGUGUGGGCGAGUGGUUUGCUGAUGUCAACAUUGUGAACAGAGUGCCCCAUGGCGGCGUUGGGGCUAUGGUAUGUUUUGUUUACAUCCCUGUAAGUGAGCAUUUCUCCUAUGCCAAGAUAAUCCAUCCACCAGACAGGUGUGGCAUAUCAAGAAGCUGAUUAAACAUCAUGAUCAUUACACAGAUGCAUGUUGUGCUGGCGACAAUUAAAGGCCACUCUAAAAUGUGCAGAUUUGUCACACAACACAAUGCCACAGAUGUCUCAUGUUUUGAGGGAGCGAGCAAUUAUCAUUUUGACUGCAGGAAUGUCCACCAGAGCUGUUGUCAGAGAAUUGAAUGUUCAUUUCUCCACCGUAAGCAUUCUCCAACGUUGUUUUUGAGAAUUUGACAGUACAUCCAACCGGCCUCUCAACCGCAGACCACGUGUAACCACGCCAGCCCAGGACCUCCACAUCUGGCUUCUUCACCUGCAGGAUCAUCUGAGAUCCGCCACAGCUGAUGAAACUGUGGGUUUGCACAACAAAAGUAUUGCUGAACAAACUGUCUGCACAGAAACCGUCUCGGGGAAGCUCAUCUGCGUGCUUGUCGUUCUCCCCCGGGUCUCGUCGUCCUCCUCAGGGUCUUGACCUGACUGCAGUUCGGCAUCGUAACCGACUUCAGUGGGAAAAUGCUCACAUUCGAUGGCCACUGGCACGCUGGAGAAGUGUGCUCUUCACCGAUGAAUCCUGGUUUCAACUGUACAGGGCAAAUGGCAGACAGGGUGUAUGGCAUCAUGUGGUGGUUUGCUCUUGUCAUGUGGUGGUUUGCUCUUGCUCUUGUCAACGUUUUGAACAGAAUGUCCCAUGGUGGCGGUGGGGUUAUGGUAUGGGCAGGGAUAAACUACGGACAACGAACACAAUUGUAUUUCAUUGAUGGAAAUUUCUAUGCACAGAGAUGAAAUCCUGGGCGCCAUGUCAUGCCAUUCAUCUGCCACCAUCACCUCAUGUUCCAGCAUGAUAAUGCGCAAGGAGCUGUACACAAUUCCUGAAAUCUGCAAAUCUUCCAGUUCUUCUAUGGCCUGCAUAUUCACCAGAAAUGUAACCCAUUGAGCAUGCUUGGGAUGCUCUGGAUCAACAACAUUCCACAGACCACAAUCAAUAGCCAGAUAAACUCCAUGCGAAGGAGAUGUGUGAGGCAAAUGAUGCCCACACCAGAUACUGACUGGUUUCCAAUCCAUACGCAUACCUUUUUUUAAAGGUAUCUGUGACCAAAAGAUGCAUAUCUGUAUUCCUAGUCAUGAAAUCCAUAGAUUAGGGCCUAGUUCAUUUAUUUCAAUUGACUGAUUUCCUUAUAUGAACUGUAACAGUAAAAUCUUUGAAAUUGUUGCAUGUUGGGCUUUAUAUUUUUGUUGUGUUCAGUAUAUUUUAUCUUACCUAUGAUCUUUGCAAUUAAAAUGUUUAAAAGUCUCA